AUGGCUGCGUUUAGUCGUCUUCUCGGUGUUCAGCUGCCGUAUGUGGUAGAGGUGGUCAUUUUCCUGACCCUCGCCUACGCCACAGCGCACGCGUUCACCAGCAUUAUGUUUGCGCGCAUCCACAAGUUCAAGAUGGCUGGCCCGCUGACAGCGACCCCGUUUCUCGGCGGGGUUGUUACCAUGAUCAAGGAUCCCUACAGCUUCUGGGAGCGUCAGCGGCAAUACGACCCGCACGGCUACAGCUGGCUGGCCAUCCUCACGCAAUUUGUCGUCUUCGUGACACGCACGGACCUGUGCCACAAGAUCUUCGCUAUCAACGGCGAGGAUACUCUUAGCCUCCAGCUGCACCCCAGCGGCAAGGUGAUUCUCGGCGACAACAACAUUGCAUUCCAGAGCGGCCCAGGACACAAGGCGUUGCGCUCUAGCUUUAUGAACCUUUUCACUACCAAGGCCCUUUCCCUUUACUUGCCGAUCCAAGAACACCUCAUUCACGAGCAUAUAGGCCGCUGGGUGAAGGACUACCCGUGGGGUGGCACCCCGGAGGAGAUGCGCACGCACAUCCGCGAGUUGAAUUGCGAGACCUCGCAGACGGUGUUCCUUGGUGAACACCUUCACAACCGCACGGAGUUCACGCGCAACUACAACACCAUCACCCAUGGCUUUCUCUCUGCCCCAGUGUACCUGCCUGGAACCGCGCUAUACAAGGCGGUACAGGCCCGAAAGCUGGCUAUGGUGGAACUUCAGGCUGCGGUGCGCCGCAGCAAGGCGCGCAUGGCGAAGCCGGAUGCCGAGCCACACUGCCUGCUCGACUUUUGGACAGCAACGGUGAUGGAGAAAGUCAAGGAGGCGGAGGAUGAAGGCGAAGACGCGCCGGCGUACGCGUCCGACCACGCUAUGGCGGACACCAUGCUCGACUUUCUCUUCGCUUCGCAGGAUGCGUCGACUGCCAGCCUGACCAUGAUCACGGCGACAAUGGCCGACCACCCGGAGAUUCUGGAGCGUGUUCGCAAGGAGCAGGAUCGCCUCCGCCCCAACAACGAGCCGCUGACGUACGACUUGGUGCAGGAGAUGACGUUCACGCGUCAGUGCGUGAUGGAGCAGCUCCGCCUCUUCCCCCCAGCGCCGAUGGUGCCCAUGAAGGUCCACAGUGACUUCCAGUUGGAUGCGAAGACGGUCGUGCCGAAGGGCAGUAUGAUCAUUCCGUCGCUAGUGGCGUGCUGUCGAGAGGGCUUCACGAACCCCGAUACGUACGACCCUGAUCGCAUGAGUGCCGAGCGCCAAGAGGACCGCAAGUUUGCGAAGCAGUUCAUUCCAUUCGGUGUGGGUCCGCACCGUUGUGUUGGGUACAACUACGCCAUCAACCACCUCACUGUGUACCUCGCGCUCAUCGCACAUCACGCUGAGUGGCAGCGCAUACGCACUCCUAAUUCCGACAAGAUUCUGUACCUGCCCACCUUGUAUCCCCACGACUGCCUACUGACAUGGCGCUAUCGUGGAGGGAUGGAGCCCAAGGUUGAGAAGGUUAUGUAG